GUGGAGGAAGGCGGAGUCGGCGGACUCGUUCCUCAGGUGGGCUGGUGGCGGGUUCUGAUGCGGGCGGUCCGAUCGCGGUUCCCUCAGCGAUGAUCAACACGUGCAUUCCGAGUGCCGUUGCCGUUUCCCUGGCGAUCUGCCUCGUCUCCGGGCUGCGAAUAGACGGCACGAGCCUGGUUCUCCUUGGAGAUUCCUUGUGGCUCAACUGCAGCGACGACCGGGGCCGCAGCCCCCACUCGGUUUGGUGGUACAAAGACAAUGUGCAAUUCUACUGGUACGAGCGCGGCCUGGAGCCGGCCAGCCGUAGCUUCGACGUGCCGGGAGUUGACGUGGAUCACGCGCGCUCGCACGAGGGUUUCGUGCAUUUGCUGCGCGCCGAUGGCCGCACGAGAGGUAUCUACCGCUGCGAUCUGGCACUGGAGCCCGCCGUGGUGGCGGCACACGCUCAGCUGGCCGUCCGAGUUGUCGCGGCGGACCUGCGAGGGCCCAGCCUGACGGGCGUGCGUGCCGAGUACCGGAUCGGCCAGCGGAUCAACGCCACCUGCAGCAGCGGGCCGUCCAGCGCCAAGCCCACCCUGUCCUGGCUGAUUAAUGACAAGAAGCCAGAAUCUGAGAGGACGGAGCAAAGCGUGGAGCUGAGCCGCGUGAACGCUUCGAGCAGCCUGGACGUCGAGGUGCUCACCAUACACCUGGCUCUAGUGGCCGAAGAGCGGCAUUUCAUCAGUGGCAUCAUGCGCAUCACCUGCAUCAUGGACACUCCGGAGCUCGGCAAGCGGACCACCGAGAAGAUCAUCACACGAGCUGCCUUCAACAGGUUACGACCCGAGAACCAGGAGGAGGGGGUGCUCCUCUUGGUGCCGGGCACAGUCAUUCGUGGCAGUGGAUUCUGGCUCAACUGCAGCUCGCCCGGAGCCCACUCCAUCCGCUGGUUCAAGGACGAGCAGGAGUUCUACCGGUACCCGCCGACAAGCACCACCGCCAACCUCAGUGUGCCUGGAGUCCCCGUCAGGAGCGAUCUGUCAGACCAGGGGAAUGUGUACGUGGAGCAGUCCGACCUCGACACUGAAGGCACCUAUACUUGCAAGGUGAAGCUGAGCAGCUUCGAGACAAGGAUCUCGGAAAAGAGACUACAAGUCUAUGUGCUGCCAGAGAAAGCGCCGGAGAUUCAGGACCUGCAGUCAGCAUACAAGCUUGGCGGGGCCAUCAAUGCCUCCUGCCUGAGUGGGCCUUCCAGGCCAGCCGCCAUUGUCACGUGGCACGUGGACGGCCUCAAGGUGGAUGCAGUCGAGAGGAGGCAGAUCCCCACGGGACACGGCACCUUCUACUUGCUGGCCAGGAUACUCCUGGUCGCCAAGCCAAACUACGCAACCGACAACCGAACGCUGCACCUCAGGUGCCUGGCGCAAGUCGGCAGCGAGUACACAGACAGUUCCGAGCGUCUCGUCGAGAUCCUGCACCCGCAGGCAUGGGCAGGGCUUUAUGGUUCGAGCAGCUGGGUCAUCGAGAGCCACUGGACCUCCAUGCUUCUGGCAGUGAUCCUCGCAGCCACAAGGUUAUAAAAAUACCCCCAAAAAUAAGUGUACAUAAUUUGCAGAGCAAAUUUUCUUGUUCAUGUUGAAAUAAAGUUGGCCAUAAACGUC